AAGGUUGUUUCCCGGAAGUGCGUCUCUUCACUGACGCUGGGAGAAUCCAGCUCUCAGACAUUCCUCCACCUCCCAGCUCAGUGUUUACAGUCUCACAGACACAGUGAGGCUGAAGUGAUGAUCUGUAUUCUGCUGGUGGCCGGUCACGGCACCGUCCUGGAGACACAGAUCAAGAACGAUGACACAGGCCUGUACAGCCACCUGGCCGGGGUACCGAAGGCCCUGCUUCCUGGCAUCAGAGGGAAGAAGAUUCUCGACUUUUGGUGGGAAACCGUCAACAUGCGGCAGCUGUUCACAGAGGUGUACCUGGUCACUAACGCAGACAAGUACAAGUACUAUGAGCGCUGGGCCACAGCUAAUGACUUCCCAGUGGAGAACGUGGUAAACGAUGGUAGCACGACGCUGGAAGACCGCCUGGGGGCCGUGGCCGACCUGGAGCUGGCCAUACGCAGUCGCAAGCUGCAGGACGACAUCAUGGUGAUUGCUGGAGACAUGCUGUGUGCGGACCAGAACUUUGACAUUGCUCAGGUUAUCCGCUUCUUCAGGUCAAAGCCUGGAGAGCUGAUCAUUUACUACGAGUUGGAGGAAAGUGAAAAGAGCAGCUCCAGGGGCAUCGUGGAGGUUUGCCCUGACACCCACAGAAUAUCUCGCUUCUUGGAGAAGCCCCAGGAUGGUCUGACAUCAUCGCGACUGGCCAGCGUGGUGUUUUACUGCAUCCAGAGAGACACGCUGUCCUACCUGUCUGACUUCCUCAGCCUGCAGCCUCAAGCCACAGACAGGAGCUUCGGACGAUUCUGGGAGUGGCUCAUCAAUGAGAAGCAGCUGGAUGUGUUUGGGAUGAAGCUGCCUACUGGCUUCCAGCUUAUCGGACAAGUGGGCCUGUCAGACUACACCAAGUGGCUCACUCACUACUCAUCCAAGCAGCAGGACAACACUCCUAAACCAAUCACAUGCAGGUCGUAUGCCAGGGUUGGAUUGAUGGGGAAUCCCUCAGACGGUUUCAAUGGGAAAACCAUCGCCAUGUCCAUCUCUAACUUCUGGGCCGAGGUCACUCUGGUGGAGAGCCAGACUUUGGUUUUGGUUCCUCAUCCUCUCAACGAUCCUACAGAGUUUGGAAGCUUGCAGGAUCUGUUCUGUAUCAGCAGGAAGGAAGGCUACCUGGGAGGUCUGCGGCUGCUGCAGGCCACCUGUAAGAAGUUCUACCAGUUCUGCUCCAAACAAGGUAUUGCUCUGACAAAGCAGAACUUCACCCUGAAGUACGACACCAACAUCCCUCGGCAGGUGGGCCUUGCUGGAAGCAGUGCCAUUGUCUCAGCGACCCUGAAGUGUCUUAUGAAAUUCUACAACAUCACAGACAAUGAUCUCCCCAAACCAGUCCGAGCCAACUUCAUCCUCAACGUGGAGACGGAUGAACUUUUCAUUACUGCUGGUUUGCAGGAUAGAGUUGUUCAGGUCUAUGAAGGUUUAGUCUAUAUGGAUUUCAGCAAGAAGCUCAUGGAGGAGCAGGGCUAUGGGAAUUAUGUUGCUAUGGACAUGAGUAGCCUUCCACUGUUCUGGCUGGCGUACCUGAGUGACCCCAGUGACUCUGGACGCAUCCACAGCAACAUCCGACAGCGCUGGCUCAGCGGCGAGCCUCUGGUCGUUGAAGCCAUGAAGAAUUUUGCUGAGCUGACUGAUCAAGCGAGGAUGGCCCUGCAGCACAGAGACUGGAGCCGUCUGGCACAACUGAUGGACCAGAACUUUGAGCUCAGGAGGUCUGUCUACACCGAUGACUGUCUGGGUCCUGGGAAUCUCAAGAUGGUUCAGCUGGCGAGGCAGUAUGGCUCAGCAGUGAAGUUACCAGGCAGUGGGGGAGCUGUGGUGGGUCUCUGUCUGGACCAGGCCAGACUGGUGGAGAUGAGGCAAGCUUUCCAGGAGGCCGGCUGUGUCUUCUGUGUCAUCGCACCAUACAACCCAUCUGCCAGCGCUGCCGGUGGUCAGUACUAACCAUGGAUCCAUGCUGGCCUCUGCCAGGCUUCUCGAAGCCAACUCAUGGCCAUUGGAUGGUUAUGGGCACAAUGUGGUCCUCAGUGUGCCCGACAGAGUCCCAAUGUCAUUUCAUAAGAAUCGUUGGUAAAGAUCAUGAUUGGUUGCAUGAAUUUAUCCGGAAUACAAUUAAUCAAAAACAAUCAGACUGACUAUGAGUAUUACCAAUCUUUGGUGACAGUUUGUGUUAUAAUUAAUAACUGAUCAGAUUAAAGAGAUUGGUGGGUUUAUUCAAACAUCAGAUAUUACAAAGCUAUGUCCCUAGAAAAUCAGUCAAUCUGCGGGUUUGCAAAUUAUUAUCAGAUGAAUUAUUAUUAUGUGAAGUGAGUUUACUUCCUUGUGUCAAAUGUAUUGUCAACAACAAUGUAAAAAUAUUGUAAUUAUUUAGUAAUGUAAAAAAUUUCUAUGCGUGAAACAAUUGCAAAGCCUCAAAACCGUUAAUAUAUCAUUAUUGUAUAAUGAUUGUAAUCUGUGUACACAAAUUAAAAGCACAUUUAAUAGCCAA